AAUUCAGUAUAUUCUGCAGUGUUACUGCUCGCCGUAACAAGAGCAUUCAUAUCACUUACACAUGUAUUGUACUUUAUAUUGAUGGAGUUUGUUGCCCAGAAAAUGAGUUUCUUGUGUAAUGCAGGAGAAAGCAUACCUUAUUUCAUAUGUCUGCUUUAUUAUGCACUUCAUCUGAUAUGGUUGGUGUACUUUACCAGUUUUACUUCUAAAGAGAUGAAUCGCACUGCUGUUGUAGUGCACAGAUUUCUCUGCAAGACGAAUGACCUGGUUCUAAGAGAAGAGUUGCAAGAAUUCUCACUACAGCUGCUUCAUCGAAAAGUGAAGUUCACGGCCUGUGGAUUCUUCCCCCUGGAUUACACGCUAUUCUAUUCGAUCGUGGGGGCAGUUACUACAUAUCUUGUGAUAUUGAUUCAAUUUCAACUUGCUUUACCAGAUUCUAACAAGAACAUGACAACCGGAAUAGAAACUUAUCUCGUGACUCCGGAUUCGUCAGAAAAUCACUACCCGCACCAAUGAUCACUUUAAGCAGAGAGCACGUGCUGUUAGAAGCUGCGACUAGACGUAAAUGUAGAAUAACAUAAACAAAUAAGUGGAGUAGUCGUCAGUCAGAAGAUGAGAGUCGCUAAUCUGCCCAAUGCAUUCAUAGUCCUUUGUAAAAUGCAAAGAUAUGCUGUAGUAUGCACU